ACUUCCUUUUCUUUUUCUCUUCUUCUUUCUUAUCUGGUGAAAUAAAAAAAAUGAGUACAACUCCUACUUCAGAGAGACCAAGACGUCUUUCGAUGCCAAAGUUAACACGUCGUUUAACCAAUGUCAUUAUUCACGUGGAUGGUGAUAAUAAAGAUCCCGUCACACCCACCAGUGUUCCUACACUCACCAAGUCGCAUCACGUCCAACUUCAAUCUGAUGCCCUGAAAGAGUGGAAACAACAUAUAGAGCCUAAAAAGAAUGAUGUUGAAUCCAUCAAGAAGGAUAUCGUCAGUCAUACUUUGGAAACACUUUGUCGCAACCCGUAUAAUCUUGACAAAAUGGCAGUCUAUCAAGCCACGGCGCAUGCUGUUCGUGACCGCCUCUUGGAAGACUGGAAUCUCACACAAGAAGCCAUUCAUCAACAAAAUCCUAAGCGUUGUUACUAUCUCUCUAUGGAAUUCCUUAUCGGUCGUGCUCUCGAUAAUGCUCUUCAUUGUUUGGAGGUCAAGGACGCUUAUAAACAGAGUGUGAAAGAUUUGGGUUUCAGCUUGGAGGAUUUGUUGGAACAAGAACGUGAUGCAGCUUUAGGUAAUGGUGGUUUGGGUCGUCUUGCUGCCUGUUAUAUGGAUGCUGCUGCUACUUUGGAUUAUCCUACUUGGGGUUAUGGUUUACGCUAUCAAUACGGUAUCUUCAAGCAAAUAAUUAAUAACGAAGGCUACCAAACUGAGGUACCGGAUUACUGGUUAAACGCGGAUGGUAAUCCUUGGGAGUUUCCUCGUAGUGAUAUUAAGUAUGAAGUACAAUUUUAUGGUUAUGUUGCUACCAAGGUAAAUGAGAAGGGCGAAUCUCGUAUGUCCUGGGAAGGUGGAGAUAAGGUUCAGGCUAUGGCUUAUGACGUACCUAUUCCAGGUUACGACACUAAAGGUUGUGGUAAUAUUCGACUCUGGUCUGCCAAAUCUCUGAAGACUUUUGAUUUUGCUUCCUUCAAUGAUGGUGAUUAUGAUCGUUCUGUUGCUGACCAAAAGAACGCUGAAAAUUUGACAUCCGUGCUCUACCCCAACGAUAACCAUAACGUUGGUAAGGAACUCCGAUUGAAGCAAGAAUAUUUCUUUGUUAGUGCCUCUCUUCAAGAUAUCAUUUAUCGUUUCAAGCAUACGAAUGCCGCCUGGAAGGAAUUCCCCGAUAAGGUUGCUGUUCAACUGAAUGAUACCCAUCCUACUUUAGCCAUUCCUGAGUUGCAACGUAUCUUGGUUGAUAUCGAAGGACUUGAAUGGGACGAUGCGUGGGAUAUUGUGACGCGUGUGUUUGCUUUUACCAACCACACUGUUUUACCCGAGGCGCUUGAAUGUUGGUCCGUGCCUAUGAUGGAAAAGAUUUUGCCUCGUCACAUGCAAAUCGUGUACGACAUUAAUCUCUUCUUUUUACAAAAGUUCGAAAAGGUGUUCCAGAAUGAUCGUGGCCUCUUAAAUCGUGUCUCUAUCAUUGAAGAAAGCAACCCUCAACAAGUGCGUAUGGCCUAUCUUGCUGUGGUAGGCUCUCACACCGUCAAUGGUGUAGCCGCCUUGCAUUCUGAGUUGAUCAAGACCGAAUUAUUCAGCGAGUUCAUCAAGUACUACGGACCCGAGAAGUUUAUCAACAUCACCAAUGGUAUUACUCCUCGUCGUUGGCUCUAUCAAGCAAAUCCUGCUCUCCGUGAGUUGAUUACAGAGACUUUGGGAUCUAAGAAAUGGGUAACUCAUCUGGAUGAAUUGAAGAACCUCAAGAAGUAUGCCGAGGAUAAAUCUUUCCAAAAGAAGUGGAUUGAUGUCAAGCUGCAAAACAAGACUCGUUUGGCUGAUUGGAUCAAGACUCAUUUGGACAUUUCUGUUGACCCUCAUGCUCUUUUUGAUAUUCAAGUAAAGCGUAUUCAUGAAUAUAAGAGACAAUUUAUGAAUAUCUUGAGUGUCAUUUAUCGUUACAAGAACAUUCAAUUAUUGAGCGCCGAAGAACGUAAAGAAUUAACCCCUCGUGUUGUGAUUUUCGGUGGUAAAUCAGCUCCUGGUUAUUACAUUGCCAAGAUGGUUAUCAAGUUAAUUACGACAGUUGCCCAAGUUGUGAAUAAUGAUGAUUCAAUUGAUAAUCUCUUAAAGGUUGUUUAUAUUCCUGAUUAUAAUGUUUCGCUUGCAGAAAUCAUUGUACCUGCGUCUGAUAUCUCUCAACAUAUCUCCACUGCUGGUACGGAGGCUUCGGGUACUUCCAACAUGAAGUUUGUCUUGAACGGUGGAUUAAUCUUGGGUACAGUGGAUGGAGCCAAUAUUGAAAUUCGUGAUGAGAUUGGAGAAGAGAACAUCUUUAUGUUUGGUACUUUAUCUGACAAGGUCGCUGAUAUUCGUCAUCAUCAAAAGUAUCAUGGCGUCCCCAUGGAUCCCAAUCUUCAAGUUGUGCUUCAUGCUAUUCAAGCCGGUGAAUUUGGUGGAUUUGAAACUGCUUCUGUCUUUGGUCCUUUGAUCAAUACGUUGACCUAUGGCGGUGACUAUUACUUGAUCUCGGCUGAUUUCGAACAAUAUUUGGAUGCACAUGAUAAGGUGGAUGCUCUUUUCAAGGAUAAGACAACAUGGGCCAAGAAAUCCAUCUUGUGUACAGCCGGUAUGGGAUUCUUCUCUGCUGAUCGUGCUACUCGUGAAUAUGCUGAUAAAAUUUGGAAUCUUAAGCCUUUUACUAUUGAAAAGAAGUAAAGAGUUUUGUAAUUAUUUUUUUAUUAAAAUAAAUUUUUUUGUGUGUGACUGAAAAAA